AUUUGUAUAUCCUGUUCCACCUUGUCAUUUUUAUUUGGCUACAUUAUAUUAUUUCCUGUGGCGAUCAUAGUUAUCUUUAAAUUUGAAGUUCUGCGCAGUUUCCUCAGCUUUCGAAUUACAAUAUAUUUUAAAAAAUGCCGCAAGAUAUGAAUAUUUUAUGUUGUUAUUCUUGCAAAAUAUAUCAAGUACAUAUAGUGAAAAAAGCACGCAAAUGGCGGUGCAAGUUGUGUAACGCAAAGCAAUCUAUACGGCAGAUAUAUUUCCAAGGAUCUGGUAAAGAUUGUCGUCUUCACGUUCAACGUUUGAAUUAUUUGAAGGCAAAUGACACAUCACCUUCCUUACAUCCUGAGCAAGAGAACAACAGUAAUAGUUAUAACACUACAAGCACUGCUCAAGAAUCAGACACUGAUGAACCUAUUGAAAGUAAGAGGGCAAAAUAUCUAGACUCGACGAAGAAAGAAUGUCCAUCGGAUACAGAAGACUUAUCUGUUCAAAAAUCAAACAUUGAUAAACAUAUUGAAAGUAAGAGGGCAAAAUAUCUAGACUCGACGAAGAAAGAAUGUCCAUCAGAUACAGAAGAUUUAUCUUCUGAUAAUAUCCAUAAGUAUGAAGGUAUGGUAACAAAUGAGAAAUCUCCAUGUAAUGCCGUAAAUAAUGAUUCACGUAACUUCGAAGCUACUAUGGAUAGUAUAGAUGAAUGUAAUUCAUCUACAGGAAGUAAAGUUGCUUAUGAAACAGAAGUGUUACGUUUUACAAGUUUUAAUUACAAUCGGAAAAUCGAAGAUAAAUGCAAUUCGCAAGAUAACGUUAAAUCAAACAGGGAUUAUGAUAUUGUUAACAACUUAUUUGAAACUUAUAGUGAGUUAGAUGACCCUAUUGAUAUUUAAAUUUUGUUGAAUUAUCGAUAGAGAUGUUUCUGUAUAAAUUUAAAAAAAACCGGUAGAAAC